UUUUUUUUUUAUUCAGUUACAACAAAACCAACAUGGAUAUUCAAAAGUUAUUUAGCGUCAAAGACAAAGUGGUACUUGUUACUGGUGGUAGCCGAGGCAUUGGGGAAAUGAUAUCUACUGGUUUUGUUCAAGCUGGUGCUCGAGUCUACAUCUCUAGCAGAUCAGCCAAGAAUUGUGAUGAGACUGCUGCUCGAUUGACUGCUUUAGGGCCUGGCGUCUGUAUCUCCUUGCCUGCUGAUCUACAAAGCCUGGACGACAUCAAAAAGCUGGUGACUGAACUGUCUAAACGUGAAAAGCAUCUCGAUGUUCUUAUCAACAAUAGUGGGGCUACCUGGGGUGCUCCUAUUGAUAAGUAUCCUGAUGAAGCUUUCCAAAAAGUGGUGAACCUCAAUUUGAACCGAGUGUUUAGUCUCACUCAAGCUUGUUUGCCUUUAUUGCGUGCCAAUGCUUCAACUGAUCAUCCUUCUCGUGUCAUCAAUAUUGGAUCUAUCAAUGGUAUUAAUCCUCCAUCCUUCGAAUCUUAUGCAUAUAGUUCAAGCAAGGCUGCCGUUCAUCAUCUUACUCGACAUUUGGCUGCUCGUUUAGGUCCUGAAGGUAUUCUUGUCAAUGCUAUUGCUCCUGGCGUGUUUGCAACAAAGAUGAUGGCUGGAACUUUGAAGACUAGUGGUGAUAAAAUAUUGGCUGGUAUUCCUACUAGUCGUGUUGGUUCUCCUGAAGAUAUUGCUGGUACUUGUUUAUACUUGUCUUCGCGAGCUGGUCAAUAUACUACUGGAGCAGUAUUCCCUGUAGAUGGCGGUUCUUUGGUUUCCAAAAUCUAAAGUUUGGUAUUUAUUAGUUUACAGUUUUUUUCACUUCGAAUUGGGACAAAAAGUAAAAAUAAUAAAGACGGAUUACAAAUAAAUGGCAGGAAUACCAAAUAAUACAAAUAAAGUUUAAUCAUCAUCAUUAAAAAAAAAAAAAGAAU